GCUCUCUCGUUCACAACCAUAACAGUCCAUCGCAAAAAUACCAGAACCAACUUUGCCAAUGUUGCAGCAUUCGGAAUCUCUGGCGCCGCUGAAUCUGCAACUCGUUUCCAGCCUCGAGGACGUGUACAUGCAGAGCCCCGUCAUGAGCGAUGGCCACGCUGCGCGGGCCCACGCGGCCAGGAAGAGCGCCUUCCUGUCAAUGUCUCCGACGUGCAACUUCGAGGCCUUCAGCCUGCACUUCCACUUGCCACUCAAGGUGGCGGCCGAAAAGUUCGGAGUCCGUGCCACAGCCUUCAAGAAACGCUGCCGGGCCAUCGGUAUUCGUCACUGGCCGUACCGUAAGGUGCGCAGCCUCAAGCGAUCGCUGCAGGAGCUCAAUCGUUGCCAGGAACAGGCGCCGCUCAGCGACAAGCAACAGGCGCAGUAUGCCACAUUCAAGUGCCAAUUGGACAGACUCAUGGCCCCGGAGACCUACGGACUGGAUCCGUCUGGCCGUCUCGGGCCACAACACCAACAGCUCUUGGCCUGCGAUGACGACGACGAAGACGCCGAGUCCGAGAACGACAACGACUCGCUCGCGUCACAGAGUCCGCGAUUCGGCACUGAACUGGGCUUCUACGACUGCACCGUUAGCCCUACCGACGGGAAUGCCAAGACCCUGGGCGACGUCAUCCCCGCCGGGUCUGCCCACCUCCGUAUCCGUAGAAGCCAGGUGAUGCACUUGCCGCCGGCCCAUUUGUCGUUCUUCGACAGAGGUCUCAAGACCGAGCAGGACUUCAACGAGAACUACUACGCUCAACAGCAGUUCUACGGCCACUUUGACAGUUUGGCCAAGUCGAGUUCGGACAAAGCUGCUGACCUCAUUAUGAAGGCGUCGCCCGCCAGUCACAAGAAGGCGUUCGUCGAAGACUACCCUCCCAGCGCCUUUGACAGCGCAGAUCUCGAUUUCCUGCCUUCGGAGACCAAGUAUGCCGACGUACGGUCUCUGAAUGAUGCGGACGAGGAGUUCACGGCCCACGCGAGCCAAGUGGACUACAGUAGUGAAAGGUUUUUUGACGACGUGUUCUUGCAAAUCUCGCCGGACUACGGCUGCUUGGUGUAA